AUGGAUUUCAGCUACUGUGCAUAUUUGUUCUCUGUUUUGUUCAUUUUGUGUCGCUGUUUGUUACAUGUUAGUGUUGAAACAAGGUUUAGACAUAACUGGGCUGCGGGCUGUGUUAGGAGGACACCUUUGCAGUGUGAAAGGGUCAUCAAUAAAACCGCAAGUGCAAAGCAAGACGGGUUUUUGAAAUUGCAAAACGUUAAAGUUCCAGAUUUUGCACAAGGUUUAGCUGUUCCACCAGAAGCGUGCAUAAACUUAUGCUUGAGUAAUUGCUCUUGCAUUGCAUACUCUUUCGCGGAUGAGAUUGGUUGUAUGUCUUGGACCGGCAAUCUACUUGACAUACAGCAACUCCAAGAUGGAGGACUUGAUCUAUAUGUUCGCGCAGCCUAUGCAGAACUUGAUCAAGAGAGAAACAAGACAAUUGAUCAACAGGAAGAGAUAAACAUGACAAAGGAUCAAGAAAAAGAGAGAAACAAGAAAAUCAUCAUCAGUACAGUGAUAAUUGGAACUUUCAUAAUUGUCAUUUGUGCAUAUAUCUUGUGGAGAAGGACAUCAAACCAACCAGCUAAACGGUGGCUCCUUACUAAAUCGGCAAGGAAAAAGAACAACAAAGCUUUCCAACUAUUUAAUAAAGGUAGAUUACCAGAAGGUUAUGCUAGUGACAAUGUAAUUGGAGAAAUGUCCCAAGUUAAACUACAAGAGUUAUUAAUGUUUGAUUUUGAAGAGCUUGCAUCUGCAACAGACAACUUCCACUUAUCCAACAAGCUUGGACAAGGUGGUUUUGGUUCAGUAUACAAGGGGAAACUGGAAGAUGGUCGAGAAAUAGCAGUUAAAAGACUUUCUAGAGCAUCUGGACAAGGGCUGGAGGAAUUCAUGAAUGAAGUAGUUUUGAUUUGUAAGCUUCAACAUCGCAAUCUUGUAAGACUUAUUAGUUGCUGUACUGAAGGUGAUGAAAAGAUGUUGAUAUAUGAGUACAUGCCCAACAAAAGUUUAGAUGCAUUCAUCUUUGAUCCAUCAAAAAAUAAUCUCCUAAAUUGGAUCACACGGUAUAACAUAAUAGAAGGAAUAGCUCGAGGAUUGCUAUAUCUUCAUAGAGAUUCUAGACUAAAAAUUAUUCAUAGAGAUUUGAAGGCAAGUAAUGUCUUGUUAGACGAGGAGCUGAAUCCAAAAAUAUCUGACUUUGGUAUGGCUAGAAUCUUUGGAGGGGGAGUAAAUCAGGCAAAUACUAACAGGAUUGUUGGAACCUAUGGUUAUAUGUCUCCUGAAUAUGCAAUGCAAGGAUUGUUUUCAGAGAAAUCAGAUGUUUUUAGCUUUGGUGUUUUGUUACUAGAGAUUCUUAUGGGGAGAAGGAACUCUAGUUUUUGUGACAAUGAGCACUCACUAAGCCUUUUAGGAUUUGUCUGGAUUCAAUGGAGGGACAACAAUAUUUUAUCUCUAAUAGAUCGAGAAAUAUAUGAUCCUAGUCAUCACAGUUACAUUUUAAGGUACAUACAUAUAGCACUUUUGUGUGUACAAGAACUUGCUGUAGAUAGGCCUACUAUGGCUGCAGUAAUUUCUAUGCUUAACAGUGAAGCCGCAUUACAUCCUCCUAGUAAACCUGCAUUCAUCCUGAUGGAGAAUAUGUUGAACUUAAAGAGGCCUGAAGAAUGUCAAAGUGUUAGUUCCAUCAAUAAUGUCAGUAUUACAGAAAUCUGUGGCAGAUAA